UCCGGGUAAUCAUAUACAAGAAAAGAAUCAACAAGGAAGUUCUUAACCAACAAACUUUCUUCUUGUUUGAAUAGACGCAGAACUGAAAUAAUGUCUAAAACUCCGCUACCUGAUUAUAGCCAGCUUGCGAGAUGGACUGUCAAUGAUGUGUGCACAUGGCUUAUGGAGAAUAAGUUUGGGAAUUUUGUCUCCCAGUUUCGAGAACAUGGCAUUGAUGGUGGAAGAUUUGCAAGUUUAAAAGAUGUGGAUUUGUCACAAAUGAGAUGUCCGCUUAAUAAACGAACUGAAUUAAUAAAGUGCAUAAGGAAUAUCCCUAACAGAGACGUGUCGGCCCCAACUUUACACAAACCAGUGUCAACGUUUACACCUUCCAGACCAAACUUUCCUUCCAGAAUUGAGAACAGGCAGCCACAGCCGCCACCACCCAGUAAUGAAGCAGAGUCAGAAUCCGAUGAUGACUACGAAGCUUGGGACGAAUUUGAGAAUUUCGAUGAUGAUUCAGGAUCGGACGCAGAUUACGAAAACGAGGAUGAACAACAGUCAUUAAAGAAACCAAAUUCAAGAAUUCCAGUGGAACCAAGCGAACCCCAGGAGGACUAUGCUAACUAUAGCCCUGACCACAGUGACGAGGAUAGUAGCAGGAAUGGACACUCUAUUACUGACUCCCUAAGGCACGCUCUAGAGCAGAGAAAUAAAGUAAACCAAAGUCACCAAAGACAAGAAAAACCCCCGGAGCCUGAAGAACCUCCACCAAGACCUGCUCGACCUGGAAGGGGAGUUGACCGUCCACCACCGCAAAUCCCCCAGCCCCCGAGACCUGGUGGGAGGAACCGCAGAGAACAGGCCCCUCCCCCGGAGCCAGAGGAGCAGCCUGCUUAUAUAGAAACGGAUGACCCGUUACUCAAUCAGCCUGACUACGAGGUACCAGAGGAGAUGUCUUCCCCUGCUCCGAAGCUUCCACCAUCCCGUCCUCCAAUGAAGCCCCCUGUACCGGAAAUUGAUGAUCAGCCUACUUACGAAGAUCCUGAUGAAACAGAUAAUCCACCAGCACCACCCCCUGGCAGGGGAGGGAGGCGGCCUCCUCCUAAACCUGUUCAGCCCCAACCCCCUGAGCCCGACUUGCCAGAGGAUGUUUAUGAGGAUCCAGAUGAUAAACCUGACAUAGCCCCUGCUCCAAUACCUCAAAGAACAAAACAGUUUAGAAUGCCACCUGUUCCCAAUACCCAGAAGAAUUCUCCAAACUUAGCCAGAACAAUAUCAGAGCCUGAUGGACCGGCCCCACCCCCUCCUCGUGGUGGUCAUGGAAAACAUGUAAAGCGAAUGCCACCACCUGUCCCAACAGAAACUCACAACAGUGAUGACUCCAAUUCUAAUUGGAGACCUACAAAAAAGGAUUAUGAAAAACCUGAAACUUCUCUUCCAAAAGCAAAUAAAACCCGGAACGCGCCACGUCAUCAGGCAAAACCACCGGAAGAUGACUACAUGGCGAUGGCUGACAAGGCCCAGGAAAGUGAUGAUGAAGAAGAUUACGAAAAACCCGAUCCAGCAGAGAUGCCACCAGUUGAAAGGUUACCGCCAGCACCAAGAGAAACUAAAGGUGGAUUAAAAGUGAAAAAGGUUCCUGUAUUUCCACCUCAGACAACUGAAUCUGGCAAAAAGCUUCCAGCAGGAGCAGUUCCUGUAAUUGGUUAUAGACCUGACUUGGCUGCUGACUCACUAAACACAAAGCACUCAUCAAGAGAUGAGAGUACCCCUCCUCCUGUGCCUACGUCACAUGCCCGUCACAGGGGCUCCCAAGACGAAAACACGCCGCCCCCUGUGCCAACAUCAAAGACCCCACACAAAUCCACUCCAAUCAACGAGGGCAGGUCAUUACCUCCAACUCCUAAAGAUCAUAGAGGGACAAACGGUGUACCCAGUAGCACAAACAAACCGAAGGGGAGAGGUUCUGUAAUUGAUCGAAAGCCACCUCCCAUUCCUGGCGAGGAGAACGACAUUACGCAGUGUGAUUGGUACCAAAAUGUAAAUAGAGCAGAAGCGGACGAAGUACUGAAGAAUUUUGGAAAGAAUGGAACAUUUUUAAUAAGACCCAGUACAAAAGCUGGCCAGCCAUACACAUUACAAAUCUACAAUGACAGGAAGGUCUAUAAUCUCCCAAUACGACAACGGGCAGACUCAACCUUCGCCUUAGGGAGGGAAAAAAGAGCAGAAGAGACAUUUAUAACAGUGGUGGACUUGGUAGACUUUUUCAGAAAACAUACAUUAAUUUUAGCUGCUGGUGGAACCGGCCAAACAAGACUUAAACAUAGCUGUCCCAGAAUUUAGAAAAUUCCAUUUUAUUUACAUUUGCUGUGAAAAAUUAUUUUUUUAAAUUCAUUAACAUUUAAGCAUUUUAUAUGUGUUCACAGGCAACGUUUUUUUUUUUUUUCAAACUUGUCUUGAACGAAUUUGUAUUACGUAGGCAUCAACACAUACAUGUAUGGGUAUAAGUGUGAGAAAGAAAACCACGACUGUGAUGCAUUGUUAAAUGUAGAUAUUUCUGUAUUUAUUUUGGUAUAGUCCAACUAAUAAGGACCAUUUCUAGGAACAAUUCCAUAUGCUGAACAUGUUUUUAAGUGUUCUCUAUGAGAAAACAUUUGAGUGAGAACGUGAGGCUCUUUCACUUGCUUUUCUGUUCUAAGUUUAUGUAUUGGAAGUCUAAGCUGGUUUUAUCUAUAGUGGUUCAAAAGGAAAGGAUUGAUUGUUUUUGAUUAUAUUUUGUUUUCUGCGUAAGUGCUGAUAACGUUUAACAAGUGUGUGAGAUGAGAUAUUAAAUUGUUGCAUUUAAUGCUACCGCUGUUGUGCUUGGAAUGUAUUAAUGAAAAAGCAGAAUGUUUUCUGUGAUUACGAGUUUGCAUGUGUGUUUAAAUCUAUGACACAUGUCCUUUUCAAUUAUAAUGAAUAAUAAUAGUUUUCUUUUUGAUAACCGCCACCAUUUUCUGCAUUAUUUCAUUGAAAUUUAAAUUUCACAUAAACUACUUAAAAAUAUUAAAUGAUGAUUUUUUUCCCAAAUUAUUUUGAGUAGCGAUGUUGUCGCAUCUCAAAUUAAAAUUGUAUUGUUAAUAUUAUGUAUUUCAUCAUAUAAAAAUCUGCCUUUUCUGUUUCCAAAAGUAAAAAGUGUUUGCAAAUGUUGACUUCAAUAUGUCACAUAAAAUAUAAUUUCAGUUAAUUUUAUUACUAUUUUACAUGUAUUUAAGGAUGGUACUGAAAUAUGUGAAAAUAUUUAUUUUCCUUCAGUUUAUGUUGAUUUGAAUGUAAUAAAUGAACACGCCCACAUCAUCAAAGGACACACGUCUCUUUUUAGACUUACUGGUUUUAGCUAUUACCUUUAUUUGAAAUAAUAUAAUUUGUUCAAGUUAAUCAAAUUACAUGUCAUAUUUUUUCCCUACUUUGCUUGAAAAAUUGUAUGCAUUGCCAUGUUUCAUAAUUUUAUAUAUUUAUUUCUUUUUUCAAUUUUCAUGAACAGUAGUUGCAGUUGCUUUUGAUAAACGCAAAAAAGAAAAAAAAAAAUAAAUAAAAACAAAAUAUUCCAAAAUGUUACGAAAAUGAUUAAAAUGAUUACUUAGGCCUGCAGGGUUUUUUGUUUGUUUCAAAGGAGAUAUUGGUUGUUUUUGCAUUAUGAAACUAGUAUACAUGCUGGUAUAAAGCAGGGGAGCUUAUUGUAAUUUACAAUCUUUUUAUAAAUGUUAAGUUAAACUUCCAUAACUUUUAAUGUAAGACUAUUUUUUUUUGAUUUACUUGUUUCAAAAUUCGUGAAGUGUUUUGCCCUGAAUGGGUAAAUUUGUUAUAGAUAUAUAAUAAUACUAGUUAGAGAUCUUUUGAAAAGUCUGUAAAACUUGUGAAAUGAUCAACGCAAAUUUUUGUUGUUAAAGUUUAUAUGCUGAUAUUUUUGUAUGCAAAUUGUCUAUUUGUUACAGAUUUUGAUGUGUUUUCGAAAUUGUUGAUUUUUUAAAAUGAUAUUUUAUUAAUUUUUGAGUCAUUGUCUCUACAUUAAAUAUGCAUGAUUAUUAAUAAUAUAUCCAAUGUAUUAAAUAUAAAUAAAAAGCACAUAGUUGAU